UUUUUUUUAAUGGUUUCUGCUUAUUCCAUUGGAACUGCAAAGAGAGACAGUCCUAUCAAAAAUUUGGUUCCUGCUCCAAAUGCUUACUCCUUAAAUAAUUAACCGACCUCUCCUCAGUGGACGUAUAAUGAUUAAAAAUAUCAAUAGAAUCGGAGGAAAAGUAAAGAGAGAAGUAAGAAUAAAAUCAUGCACUCCUGGACCAGGUUAAUAUCCGUAGAAAUCUUUAAUCAAUGGUGCACCGUGUUGUACAAUUAAGGGUAGACUUAAAGAGAAAGUUAUUUCAUAAUCUCCUGGACCAGGUAAUUACAAAGAAGAAUAGUUCUUGACGGUGCAUAAAAAAAUCCCAUCUUAUAGUAUGGGUGUAAAGAUUGAUAAAAUUAUCAAAAAUUUUGUUCCAGGUCCUGGAACUUAUGAUUUAAAUUAGACUCAUCAGACAACGAUUUCGAGUAAAUUUCCUAUUGAGAAAAGAAUAAAGACUAUGGAAGAUGGUUCUAGUUCACCUGGACCAGGAUGUAAACUUAUUAAUUAACCUAGAAUAUGAUCUAACAAAUCAUAAUAAAUUUUCACCGCAUAAAUCAUAACCUUCAUGGGGUUUCGGAUCCAAGAACAAUUUUAAAAUGCAUUAAUCAUUGGACAUGGGUUCCCCUGGCCCAGGAAUGUAUGAACUAAAAAGUACAUUGACACAAUAGAGUUUCACUCUUAAGCCCAAAUUAAAAACCUAAGAAUGUGACAAAUCAAUACCAGGGCCAGGUAAAUAUUCUCCAGAUGUAUCCUUCAUUAAAUCUUCAUAACCUGUAUUCAAAAUUGGGAAGGAGUCUAGACUUCCAUCAUAAAAAAUUACACAAGACCCUGGACCUGGAAGGUAUUACUCUGAGUAAAUUUAAUAUUUAUUCUUUUCUUAGGAAAUAUGAUGUAAGAAGCAAGAAAACACAGCCUUGUUACAGUUUAAGUAAAGCAAACAGAAUCUCUGUGGCCGAAAAUGAAUCGCAAUUUGUACCUGGACCAGGGGCUUACAAUGUUCCGCCUUAAAAAUUAGGCAAUAUUACACUCAAAGGGGCUAAGGCUUAAAUGCGACCUUAGACCAUACCAGGACCAGGUUUAUAUGAAUUUUAAUAAUAGGAACCUACAAUCCUUAAGAUAAAUUGUGCUAUUCUUAUGAUGGAUCAGUCAAGAUUGCUUAGGAGAUUAAAUAGAACAAGGCUUAAUCUUCUGAAAAAAAAAUGCCAGGACCUGGGGCCUAUGAUUAUAAGUCAAUUUUAAUGGGACCAAGUUGGGGAUUCGGUAAGUCUAGAAAACGAAAACCCAUUUACAAUAUCAAUAACAGUCCAGGGCCUGGAGCUUAUGAUGUACCAUCUAAAUUUGCUGAUGUUCCAAAAUACUUAAAUUGUAAACCUAAGUUUUAAGUUUGAAUUAUAUUUAUGUACCAAC